UGUCUUCCUCUUGCUAUUUACUUUAUUCUCAUACAUGAAAUCUUAAUCGUAAUAAAGAAACUCAUCAUUCUUAUAAAACGCGUCGUCCUCCCGUGUCUCGCGGAUGAGAAGCAAUAAUUCCCCAAAUUCUAGGGUUAGGGUUUCGCUCUCCCCCGACGUCGGCAGGAAAUUGACAACAAACAAAAAUGGCGAUCAGGAAGGUAUUCAGCGAGACCAAAGGCAUGAAGGUGAAGGAAGUGCUAACCUACGUGAAGCCAAUGUUGUCGCUGGGUCCCUUGAAGAACUCCGCGAAGAGAGGGAUCCAUAAUUACAGCGAAAAGUACAUUCAGACCAGCUCGGUUCAGCCUCUCUACCAUGUCUGCUUUGCCGGCAUGAUCUUCUCCUUCCUCGUUGCCUUGCCAAACGAGCGUCGCCACCUCGAGCACCAGCUGCUCGCCAAGGACCAUGGCUCCAAUGGCGGCGGUCGGUCACUGAUCACUUCUCGGUCUUUCAUAUGUAAUACAGGAUUUCUCCUAUGAAUGUGAUCACUUCAGUAUUGAACUGUUUCGGUUGGCCUCUCUCAGUGCAGCUCGUGGACUAUAUAUUUAAUUUGGUAAGAUGGCAUAAUCCUUUUUCGGUUUCAUAUGGGUGCGAAAACUGCAUCUUGGUUGCCUGUUGUGUUAUAUUGAUCCUUCCUCUUGCUGGCCACAAGGUGUGUUCCAGUUGUGAUCACGCCUGAACCUAUGUAGAAUUUGUCAAUUUUAGCGUACUUAACCUCUCUUGUCGUCCUGUUUCUGGUUUUCACUUCCCAUUUUCUUCUAAAACAGAGAAUGUCUAUCUGGGAUAUGUUUCAUAGUACUCAUGAUUUACAUUUUAUACAUGUUUGUCUGAAUGCACGUGGUAUGGAGGAGCUAAACUCGCUGAGUCAAGACAGAGGAAGCUGGAGAACGGAUGGAUUUUUAUUCAUUAAAAAAAAAAAAAACGCCUGAGGGAGGAGGGCUUCUUUGCAGUGGCGCUCUGAUUCGUCUGGACAGGAAACCAAAGAAGAUUGAGAUUGAAGCUGUGUUGGGAUAUAACGAUUGACGUUAUUACCUCGGAAACUUGAUUCUGGUACUCUUCCUCCAAACGAAAACGAUGGUAUCUAAUACCGAUCUGAGUAUUGAAAAGAAUGGAGGGGAGGGAGAGAGAAGGAUACCGUUCCUAGCGGCCGAAACGAUACGACCAGCU